AUGACACUUGCACAAGGCUCUCCAUUUCCAGAAGGCGUGAAAUUCGCAUACAUACCAAUAAACACUGACGACACCAGACUCAUUGACCCCCUUGUUUGUCAACAACCACUACCACUAAAGCUCGAUGAAGUAAUUGGCUACUUAUCCACCACACCACAACACAAGAUUCUCAUCGUGUCAGUGCCUGGGGCAUGGACACCCACGUGCGGAGAAGUCCACGUACCUCCAUACUUGCAAAACCUUGCAUCAUUGGGGGCCAAAGGGAUCGGAUGUGUUAUUGUCCUUGCUUCAAACGAUCCAUUCGUGGUUAAUAGCUGGGGAAAAGUGUUGGUUAAACAGUUUUACAAUGUUGAAGAUAAUGCCAAAGGUGUGAUGCCGAAAGUCAUAUUUGCUAAUGAUGUUGGCGGUUUUAGUCGUGAGAAUGGCUUGGCUAUGGAUGCGGGUGGGUUUUGGAGGAACAAGAGGUAUGCUGUUGUUGUGGAUGCUAAGACGAGGAAUGUCGAGUACCUUGGUGUUGAAACUGAGAGAAAGGUGGACAAGUCUGGGUAUGAGACUGUUUUGGCGAAAUUGUGA